AUGGAGUACGAACCGGUCAACGAAGUCAAAGUCCCUAUGUUGCGCGGUAGCGACGACUACUUCGAGUGGGCUGACCGAAUGCGGUUCGCCAUGCUGGCAAAGCCGGAGCUCUGGUGGGUCGUCACGGGCGAGUUUCGUCGCCCCGAGAUGCGCAACGACGAGGUGACCAAGACUCGUAGCAGCUCCGCCGACGACAAGCUUGCCAGACAGCUUAAGCAUUGGGAGCAACGAAACGGUCAGGCAUUGUCAUUGCACGCAGCAUUGCACCCUACUUGUGGCAUCUGA